GCUCCGGACGCCAACUCCUCCCUCCAUCACCUCCACCACCACCUCCACCACCACCCCCGGCCCCCGCCCCCAAAAAACAAACCAACAAAAUACACUUCUUGCUAGCCCCGGCGGAGCGGCGACGCCAGUUGAGCCAGCCGGUCCGAGCGAGCAGAGCGGCGGCAGCGGAGGGGCAGUUGCUCCCGGCGGGCGGCCAAUGGCGGAGGACGGCGAGAAGGCGGCGGCGGCGGCUGCUGCGGUGGGAGGUGUUGCGGUUGCAGGGGGAGAGGCGGAGGAGCGGGAGGAGCAGAGCGUGAAGCUGUUCGUGGGGCAGGUGCCCAAGCACAUGACGGAGGCGGAGCUCGCCGCCAUGUUCAAGGAGGUGGCCCUCGUCGACGAGGUCACCGUCAUCAAGGACAAGGCCACCAAGGCCUCCCGAGGGUGCUGCUUCCUCAUAUGCCCCUCCAGGGACGAGGCCGACAAGGCGGUGAAUGCGUAUCACAACAAGCACACGCUCCCGGGGGCGGCAAGUCCUUUGCAAGUAAAAUAUGCUGAUGGAGAGUUGGAGAGGCUGGAACACAAGCUUUUCAUUGGAAUGCUUCCAAAAAAUGUAGCAGAUACUGAAUUGACUGAUUUGUUUUCCAAAUACGGAAAUAUCAAGGAUUUGCAAAUUUUGAGAGGUUCACAGCAAACAAGUAAAGCUGGAUGCGCCUUCAUUAAAUAUGAAAUGAAGGAGCAAGCAGUGGCAGCUAUUGAGGAUCUAAAUGGGAAGCACAAGAUAGAGGGUUCUAGUGUGCCACUGGUUGUCAAAUGGGCUGAUACAGAAAAGGAAAGGCAGGCCCGGAAAGCACAGAAAGCUCAACUGCAAUCACCUAAUAUGCCGAAUGGACGCCCAAUGCCACAAUCUUCAGUAUUUGGAGCUUUACAGAUGGGAUAUAUGCCUCAGUAUAAUGGAUUUAGUUAUCAGCCUCCAGGGACAUAUGGACUUAUGCAGUACCCUUUAUCUCCUAUGCAAAAUCAAGGCCCCUUUCAGAAUAUGGGUCAGCCUGUUAAUCAAGGGAACGCGAUACGAGGAGUCAACCCUGAACUGUCCCCCAACUCAGGUCCUAGAUCAUUUAACCCAAUGCACUUAGGCAGCCCGUAUCCAGCAGUACCUGGUAUGCAGUACCCUGGAUCCUACCCCGGUGGUCCGAUGAACAAUCGUCCUUUUGGGAAUCCUCACAAUCCCCUUAAAGUUCCAAGUGCAAAUGUCAAUUCUAUCGCAUAUAGUCCCCGUAGCAAUGGCGGUGGCCAAACACAAACAGAAGGACCUCCUGGAGCCAAUCUAUUUAUCUACCAUAUCCCACAAGAAUUUGGUGACCAGGAACUGUCCGAUGCCUUCCAGAGGUUCGGUAGAGUAAUAAGUGCCAAGGUGUUUGUUGACAAAGCAACUGGUUCCAGCAAAUGCUUCGGUUUUGUAAGCUAUGACAACCCUGUGUCCGCGCAGUCGGCCAUCGCCAUGAUGAACGGUUUCCAGCUAGGUGGCAAGAAACUCAAAGUACAACUCAAGAGAGACAACAACAAGCACAGUAAACCUUUUUGACAAAAAUCAUCUUUGAUGACCAUGCGGUCUUGUUCCCGGUACAUAUUUGUCAGAUAGAUGACCAUGACGCUGAUUGUUUCCCCACUUGGCCCUGCGCGCCGCGCCGCGCCGCCCAGGGAAUCUGCCGGGGAGCGCCAUGUAUCUUCUAAGUUCAGUUGACAAUCUUAAGAAAAUUUGUUGCAUUGUGUAAUUUUAUUAUCCCAGCUUAGCGUUAGCGUCAGACCCCCUGUAUACAUCAGAAGUCAGAUUCAUUCAAUUAUUUACUUCAUCUCA